AUGGCAGAAGAGUGGGGAAAACAGGUUUUUGCUGCCAGGCGGUACAAUGAAGAUACAACAAGGGGAUCUGCCUUUUCUUACACAAACAGCAACAACACCAGAGGUCCAUUUGAUGGUCCCAAUUACCACAUUGCUCCUCGAUGGGUUUACAACGUUUCAACACUCUGGAUGAUUUUUGUGGUCAUCGCAUCAGUCUUCACCAACGGUCUUGUCUUGGUGGCCACAGCAAAGUUCAAGAAACUCCGUCACCCACUGAACUGGAUCUUGGUCAAUCUUGCAGUUGCUGAUCUUGGAGAGACAGUUUUAGCCAGCACCAUCAGUGUAUGCAACCAGUUUUUUGGUUACUUCAUUCUGGGACACCCAAUGUGCAUCUUUGAGGGUUACACCGUCUCAGUUUGUGGAAUUGCUGCUCUCUGGUCCCUGACUAUCAUCUCCUGGGAAAGAUGGGUAGUUGUGUGCAAACCCUUUGGAAAUGUCAAGUUUGAUGAGAAAUGGGCCACAGCUGGAAUUCUCUUCUCCUGGAUCUGGUCCGCAGUGUGGUGUGCUCCCCCCAUCUUUGGCUGGAGCAGGUACUGGCCUCAUGGACUGAAGACUUCAUGUGGACCUGAUGUAUUCAGUGGAAGUGAAGAUCCUGGAGUCCAGUCCUACAUGAUUGUUCUGAUGAUCACAUGUUGUCUUAUUCCCCUGGCUAUUAUCAUCUUGUGCUACCUUGCCGUCUGGUGGGCUAUCCAUACUGUAGCCAUGCAGCAGAAGGAAUCAGAGUCAACCCAGAAAGCUGAGAAAGAAGUAUCCAGAAUGGUGGUUGUCAUGAUCCUGGCAUAUUGUUUGUGCUGGGGACCUUACACCUUUUUUGCCUGUUUUGCCGCGGCCAACCCUGGAUACGCCUUUCAUCCUCUGGCUGCUGCUAUGCCUGCCUACUUUGCCAAGAGCGCCACCAUCUACAACCCAAUCAUCUAUGUCUUCAUGAACCGACAGUUCCGCACAUGCAUCAUGCAGCUCUUUGGCAAACAAGUGGAUGAUGGUUCUGAAGUAUCUACAUCAAAGACAGAGGUCUCCUCUGUGGCUCCUGCGUAA